GAGAGAACGCUCGUCUUAGCGCGUUUGUGGGAGCAAUCGCUGUGGGAGACCUAGUGAAAUCGACACUUGGACCAAAGGGCAUGGACAAGAUCCUGCAGAGUGCGUCGACUGGAGAGAUUAUGGUUACGAACGAUGGCGCCACGAUCCUCAAGUCAAUAGCACUCGACAACGCCGCCGCCAAAGUUCUUGUCAACAUCUCAAAAGUCCAGGACGAUGAGGUUGGAGAUGGAACAACAUCAGUCACAGUAUUAGCUGCAGAGCUGUUACGAGAGGCAGAGAAGUUGGUCGAUAAGAAGAUCCACCCUCAGACGAUCAUCGAAGGCUACAGAAUAGCAAGUCACGCCGCCCUGGCGGCUCUCGAGAAAUCAGCGGUGGACCACAGCAAGGAUGCGGAAGCCUUCAAGAAGGAUCUUUUGGCUAUUGCGAGGACUACUCUGAGCUCGAAGGUAUUGUCACAGGAUCGGAAUCACUUUGCGGAGCUAGCGGCGGAUGCUGUGUUGAGGAUGAAGGGUUCUUCGGAUCUCAGUCACAUCCAGAUUAUCAAGAAAGCCGGUGGAAAGCUCAAUGAUUCAUAUCUCGACGAAGGAUUCAUUCUGGACAAGAAAAUCGGCGUCAACCAGCCGAAGCGGCUAGAGAAGGCCAAGAUCUUGGUUGCGAAUACGGCUAUGGACACAGACAAGAUCAAGAUCUUUGGUGCUCGGGUCAAGGUCGGAUCUACUGGGAAGCUCGCAGAGCUGGAGAAGGCAGAGAAGGACAAAAUGAAGGCGAAGGUGGACAAGAUCAAGGCACAUGGCAUAAACUGCUUCAUCAACCGACAACUGAUCUACAACUGGCCCGAACAACUUUUCGCAGAUGCAGGCAUCAUGUCUAUCGAGCAUGCGGAUUUCGAUGGUAUUGAACGACUGGCGUUGGUGACCGGAGGCGAGAUCACAUCUACAUUCGACCACCCAGAGCAAGUGAAGCUCGGACAUUGUGAUCUUAUUGAAGAGGUUAUCAUCGGCGAGGAUACCCUGAUCAAGUUCUCUGGGGUGGCAGCUGGUCAGGCGUGUACUAUUGUUCUCCGAGGAGCGACAGAACAGCUUCUCGACGAGGCCGAAAGAUCUCUCCACGAUGCUCUUGCAGUCCUGUCACAGACUGUCAAGGAGCCAAGAACGACUCUUGGAGGAGGUUGUGCUGAGAUGCUGAUGGCCAAGGCUGUUGAAGGAGCUGCCCUGAAGGUCGACGGAAAGAAGCAAAUAGCCGUCGGGGCUUUCGCUAUUGCUCUUCGCCAACUGCCAACCAUCCUCGCGGACAACGCGGGCUACGACUCCAGUGACCUUGUUGCUAAGCUCCGAACAGCCAUCUACGACGGUAUGACGACCUACGGCUUGGAUCUUCUCACCCCAGGCGGCGGCAUUGCGGAUAUGCGAGAGCUAGGGGUCAUCGAGAGCUACAAGCUCAAGAAGGCGGUCGUCUCGUCUGCUUCGGAGGCUGCAGAACUUCUCCUGAGAGUGGACAAUAUCAUUCGCAGCGCACCACGAAAGCGUGAGAGGUGAACGUCGAACAAGCGGGGGUACGGAGUUCUCUGUAUUAUGAUAAAGGGAAAAGUUGGGCCUUGUAACAUACCAUAGAUCAUAUUGCAGACUCAAUAAUGAAUGGAAUGAAUCGAGACCGUCGAGUCAAAAAUCUUUUCGAUGGUCGUUUGUGUAACUUUUGGAAAGGUAAUACAGAGAUUGGAUCGGAGGAGCUCAUGAUCUGCGGACAUGUGAGAAUACAGCUGAUUGGAGGCAGAUCAUUUUGCUUUUGUGAACGCUUGGAAGGCGGUGGGCUUGUUCAAAUCGGCACAUGGAUGCCGGCAUCAAAAUCAUCAAUCUCUGUGGGGGCAACCGAGGUGCACAGGUGCACAGAGUUCUUACGAGAUGUCGAAUCGGCAUGUCACAAUAAGCCGACCUCCCAUCCUCUACUGUGCCCAAACAAUCUCGGAACUUGAGUUUCAAUAAAAGGCAUUGCC